AUGUCGUCUCAAACGAUCUCUUCCCAAAAUGAGCACAUCUCAUUCUCCAAGAUCGAGAAACAACCACUUGAUCUACCCCAAUAUGGAGAAGACAUCGUUGCCGACACGCAACUAGAACAGUCUCGGGAAGUCUUCCAAGCGCAUAUUGAUGGUGUCGAGUUCCGGACCGUUAGCUGGCAGCGCGCAUGUGUUGUCUUUGUGAAGAUCAACUUUGCAAUGAGUAUCCUUAGUAUUCCUGCGGCGAUGGCGGCUUUGGGUUCGGUUGGUGGCUCUUUGUCGCUUGUUGGGUUUACUGCCUUGAACAUUUAUACUGCCCUCGUCCUAGGCGACUACCGCUUGAAACAUACCCAAUGCCAUAUGCUCGCAGAUAUGAUGGUCAACAUCUGGGGACGCAUUGGCCGUGAACUCGUCGGUGUCCAAAUCAUCGUCGCCCAGGUCCUCAUCUCAGCCGGCGGAAUUGUCACAACAGCAACAGCAUUCAACGCAUUGUCAGACCAUGGAGCCUGUACAGCCGUCUUCUCCCUUGUAUCUGCGGUUCUGAUCACUCUCUGUUCAUCCAUCCGCACUUUCUCACGGCUGGGAUGGCUGACCUGGUUCGGCUUCGUAACCUUCUUCCUUGCCGUCUUCAUCUUCACAGUCGCAGUCACACAACAAGAUCGUCCAGCCGCUGCUCCCAAAACUGGCCCCUUUGAGCUUGGCUGGACGGCUAUUGCUUACCCAUCCUUUGUCGUGGGCAUGAUCAAUGCCUCCAACAUCUACGUCAGCACAAGUGGCUCUUCAAUGUUCCUCCCCGUCAUCUCCGAAAUGCGACGCCCACAAGACUAUCGCAAAGCCUGUCUCUGGGCUGGUCUUAUUGUCGGCGCCAUGUACCUCACUUUCAGCCUUAAGAUCUCCUACGGUAUCUCUUUACCUGGUUUGAUUGUUGGUGUCGGUAUCUACCAGCAUGUCGCAGCCAAAUACGCUUUUGUACGCUUACUCAGGGACUCUCAACACUUGCAGGCAAACACACUCGUGCAUUGGUCUACUUGGCUGGGAAUCAAUCUGGUCUUGGGGACGGUGGCUUAUGUUGUUGCUGAAGCAGUGCCGAUUCUGAACUAUCUGCUUGCGCUGGCGAGUGCAUUGUGUUUUGCACCUUUUAGUCUGGUCUUUCCGGCGCUUCUCUGGAUGAAUGACUAUAAAGGGUUUAGAUCUGGAACUGCUGGGCAAAAACUCAAGUAUGGACUUCAUGGGCUUAUUGUGGUACUUGGGGCUUUUAUGGUGGUUGGUGGGACGUAA